ACGACAGAUUGCCCUCAACCCUAAAAACUUUUUCUUCGUUAUCUUCUUCUCCUCAGAUCUCUCCUUCUCUCACUACUGCAAACGGCGAUUGGAAAGUAGAAACACAAGGUUUCGAUUCUGGGUUUCUUCAACUCCUUCCAGAAAACGAGAAGAGAUUACGUUUGGACAUAAAUCACAACUAGACAAGACAAGAAGAAUGGCUGAUGACAUGGUUAGGUGGUACUUGGAUGAUGAUGAUGAUGAUGAUUAUGAGGAAGAGCAGGAAGUUGAUAUGCUUAAGCCAGAAAGAUUGCUUCAUAGAACAGAUCGAGGUGCUGGAUGGCAUCAUGUUCAGCAGCUUAUGCACGGGUCAGAUCAACAGUGCUAUGAUAUCCUUCGCAUGCAUCAGAGGACAUUCCAAGCUUUGUGUAAGAUGUUAGCAACAAGAUAUGGAUUAAAAGAGACGAACAAUGUCUAUAUUGAAGAAGCGGUUGCAAUGUUCCUUGAAGUGGUGGGUCAAGAUAAGACAGUACGGGUUAUUGCACAAAUAUAUCAACGUUCGUUGGAUACAGUCAAAAGAAAACUUGGUGAGGUUUUGAGUGCUCUCUUGAAGUUUGCUGCAGAUGCACUAAAACCAGAAGAUGGUGAGUUCACAAGAGUAUGUCCUGUUUUGGGAAAUGAUGAUCGCUACUGGCCAUUUUUUAAAGAUUGUAUUGGAGCAUUGGAUGGAACUCAUAUCUCAGUUCGCCCUCCUAAAGGAAAUGCAGAAGCAUACAGGGGUAGAAAACAUGUGCCAACCAUGAAUGUCCUUGCUAUAUGUAACUUUGAUAUGAAGUUCGUAUAUGCUUAUGUGGGGGUACCGGGUAGAGCCCAUGACACAAAGGUAUUGACUUAUUGUGCGAGGAAUGAGCCAUUUUUCCCACAUCCGCCAAAUGGAAAGUAUUAUGUGGUUGAUGCUGGAUAUCCCACAAGAACAGGGUAUCUUGGUCCGUAUCGUAAGGUUCGGUAUCAUCUUGAUCAGUUCAACAGAGGAGGACCACCAACGAACACUCGAGAGGUGUUCAACCGGAGACACUCAAGCUUACGAUCAGUGAUUGAGCGUACAUUUGGAGUGUGGAAAGCAAAAUGGAGAAUUCUUGACCGUGGGCAUCCUAAAUAUGGUUUGGUCAAAUGGAUGAAGCUAGUAACAGCAACAAUGGCUCUACACAACUUCAUACGUGAUUCACAUCGAGAAGAUAAUGAUUUUGUGCAUUGGCAGACAAGAGAAGAAUAUCAUACUCAUGGUGAUAAUGAAAUGGAAGAUGAAGAAGAAGAAGAAGAAGAUGGUGAUGGUUAUGAUGGACAUAUUCCAUAUAAUCCGACUGGUGACAGAGCCAUGGAAGAUUUACGUGAUCAUAUUACUAGUGAGUUGAGUAGAGGAUAUCGAUUACCUUAUUAGUUUAUUUGAUUUGAGUUUGUACUGAUGUGUUUUAUUGAUCUUAAAACAUUUGACUUUUGUUUUUAAACAUUUAUUUAUGUUUAAUUUGUUGAUAUAGUUUUUUUACAAGAUAUGAAUAAGCUGAAAAUAAAAAUCUUAAAAUUAUAUUUUUGUAAAAACAAUCGCAUUUAAUAAGUUAAAUGUAAAUAUGUGGUC